AUGAGAUUAUUAAUAGCAAUAUUGGGCUCAGUGGCCACUGCCCUAUUUGCCAGUCACCGGUCUAGUCUAAGUGUAGCCGUAGUGGCCAUGGCCAAAUACAAUAACAGUGCAACUCAAUCUAAUAGUGAUAGAAUUCCAAUAGGGGAUUGCAGUGUACAUAGUGGGGCUGAUGAGGUUGUCGAUAUAAGCACUGGUAUGUUAAAUACCAGUGCGAGUGCGAUAACCAAUACUAUUAGAGGUGACUUUGAUUGGGAUGAACGAUUUCAGGGCAUAAUAUUAGGUGCCAGCUACUAUUCCUAUUUGAUAACACCUACCAUUUCCGGUCGGAUUACCGAACAGUUUGGUUCAAAAUGGGUUACAUUGGCAUCGAUAACAGUGCCGACCAUACUAUUGGCAGUUAUGCCGGUUACUGUUCAUUACAGUGUUAAUCUGUUUAUUGUUUUGCUUUUCAUCAAAGGCUUGUUUCACGGCUGUAUCUUUACAUCCCUGUUCUCGUUGUUUGCCCAUUGGUUCACAACAGCGGAACUGCCGAUAGCGGUGGCCGCAUUGGCCGCCGCAUUCAACUUUGGCAACGUUUUGGCUUUUCUGUUAACUGGUUAUCUGUGCGAUAACGAGUGGACAGGUGGUUGGCCAUCAGUAUUUUAUGUGCUGAGUGCGGCACACAUACCUUGGAUCGUGUUAUGGUUUAUCUAUGUGGAGGACACACCGUUAAUUAGCAAUACUAAAGGUCUAAUUAAAUGCACGGAAAUGGAGUUGAAAUAUAUUAUGACAAAUAAAAAGUCAUCCGCGAUGCCAAUAAGUUCAUCAGCUCCAUGGAGACACAUAUUUACAUCCCGUCCUCUGUGGGCGGCCAUCAAUGCCAAGGUGUGUGCUGUUUGGGGAUACUAUUUGUUUUUGUGUAAGAUUCCUGCUUAUUUAGACAAGGUAUUUGGUAUGUCGUUAAUGCAAAACGGUAUGUAUAACGCCAUGAUAUCGCUGGCCACCGGUAUUACAAUGGCACUGGGAGGUCCCUUAUCUGCUCUAAUCAUCAAACGAUACAAAAAUCGCAUAUCAAAAACAAAUGUCCGAAAACUGUUUGAAUCGGUGGCAUUGGUAGGACCGGCCAUUUGUUUGUUGGCUAUCACACAAAUCGGUUGUCACUCGCAAUCAGUGAUUGCACUGUUAAUUAUAGCACUGUUUCUGUACGGACUUUUCACUGGCGGCGAGUUUGUUAUCUAUGGCGAGAUGGCACCCGACUAUUCCGCUACAUUGUUCGGCAUAGCGGCCACAUUGGGUGUUGUACCCGGUUUUGCCGCACCAUAUAUUGUCGGUGUUGUAUUAGAAGACUAUCCGGGUGAUCUAUACCGUUGGAAUCUAGUGUUUUAUAUAACAAUUGGUUUGUAUAUGUUGGGUGCCAUUGGUUUCUUGUUGUUUGCUUCGGCUGAACCCCAGCACUGGGGUGUCAUUUCGGUAACCAAAACGGAUCAAUUGUCGGAUAAUUUUGAAGAAAUGAUUGACUUAAAAACAAAUGAUGAUACCAUUAAUUAUACAAAUAAAUAA